AUGCGGAAGAGUCCAUUAAUGAAAGAAAACAUGAAAGCAACUCACAAUUAAAAAUUUUCAUAUUUGAACAAGAGUAAGUAAAAGACGUCCUCUUUGGAAAAAAAUUCAUACUCAAACCGAUCCCUGUUAAAUGAGAUGCAACAUUAAACACCAAACCAACCAAAGAAAAACAUUUCAACAUAGGCUUCAGAUUAGAAACUGCAUAAUUGUACAUUAGAUAUUAAUAUGAAGAAAGUUAAAUACUGA